AUGGAGUCUUUGGCAGCUUCGGAAGCUUUGAAAGCGCGUGCCCACGACAUGCUCCAUCGCAUUCUCUGCCACCUCAAGAUCGACCUGGAAGCCGACUGGGUUCCCGAAAUCGGAGAAAACGACUACGACUACGCCGACAAAGUGUCAAAAGAAGAGGCCGUGAAGUUUUCCAAAGCUCGCGGCUUAGGAGAUAGUUUGCCCAAAGCAGGGGAUCUCCUACAAUUCCUACGCUUUGAUAUGAUCGAAAACCAAGGCGAAGCUGACAGAUCCGCUAAUCAAAUCCUGCUCUCCUACCGCUCAUUACUUGGAUUCAACAGCGGAUCAGUCUUUGGAAGCUCCAGCCGACAGACCAAGGGGCCUUCCUUUGGUGUCUUCGGCCGACAAAUCCCGACUACUGGACUUAACAUAAUUUCGCCACCGUCGCGGCUCUGCUGGAAGAUCGCCAGGCUCCGAGCUGAACAUUUCUUCGACGCGGGACAAAAUGUAGACCUUUGGAGAGAUUUCAAGACUCUGUACAAGCAGUUCAUACUUAGCUCCCCCCACGUGUUAUCGAAGGAUAGUUUUGUACUUAUCUUGAUGAUAGUACUGUGGGGACCUCUCAGAAUCAAGGCUAUCCUGCGAGAGAGCGGUAUCUUGUAUGAGGAGGGCUGGUUGGACGACAUGCACGUGGAGAAGCUCCUACAGGUGUACAGAGCAAGGACUACGGACCUCGCCGGCAUGAAGUGUGUCUGGGGUAGCUACUCCUUCCUUUGGCACUAUCUUCACUUUAUGCAUCAGGACGAGGACACGGAGCUUAUGGUGUCUGAACCUUCCAGCAAUGGGAAAGUAGAUGAAGACAUGGAGGCAGUUGACGCCGUAAUGGAGGACGUGGUUGAGGAAGAAGGUGACCAAGAAGAUGGCCGAGAAGACGACAGGGAUGUGCAGGAAGCAGAAAGGGUGCUGGUGAUAAGAGCACCAAGGUGA